AUGCGUGAAAGAAAAGCUGUUUUGGUGGCCAUUGGAGGUGCUUCCUCAAGUGGUAAAACUGUGAGCUAUCCUGAUAAUGAAAUACCAAUAGAUGAGAAAACGGGAGAAGCUAAUUGGGACUGUCCUGAUGCUAUAAAUUUUGAAGCAUUUGAAAAGGAAAUAAACUAUAUUAAACAAAAUUGUCAACUUUCACCACAAGCAUUAUCGUAUGAGAAUCGAUACAAUAGUGAUACAAAAGAUUCAGGAUCCUUAUCAGAUUUCAGUGAUGACUUUAGAUCACAGGUGAACCAUAUAACUAAAUACAUCGAGCUUGAAAAUUGUCAAUUAUUUUUUAUUGAUGGUUUUAUGCUUUUCCAUGAUCCGAAAAUUAUAAAUCUUUUUGACAUUAAGUUAUUUUUAAGAGCCUCAUACAAAACGCUGAAAGAAAGAAGAGAAGGUAGAGCAGGUUAUCAAACUCAGGAAAAUUUCUGGGUGGAUCCCCCAAAUUAUUUUGAUAACAUUGUUUAUCCGGCAUAUGCAGAAUCGCAUAAAUUUUUAUUCAUUGACCAAAAUGUUGAACAGGAUUUGAAUUCAAGAAUAUCGAAUGACCUUGGUAUAAGAAGCUUUGCAAAUAAUCCACCUUCAACUCUUUCAUCUGUAUCUUUAUGGGCAAUCGAAACAUUAAAUUUAGGAUUACAACAUCUUAAAUAUAAUCUAUUAUAA